AUGCAGUUCCCGCACGGCUCGUACCAUCACCAGCCCGUGCAAGCCCUUCCCUCGUCCCCGUUCUCCCAGCCGCACCUCCUCUCGACUCCAUCGCUCGCUCCUUCCGCCGUCACCCCCGCCGCGCACCACCACGCCGUCCCCUUCGGCGCCAUUCCCGGCAGCCAGCCAGGCGUCCUCGGCUGGGGCGUCGGCAUGAGCGCAGCCAACGGCGCCGGCUUUGGCUUCAGCCAGGGCGGCCUCGCUCGCCAAUCCGCCCCGGCCGCGCACCGCCCUAGCUCGGUCGGCUGGGGCUCGGCGGCCGCAGCGUCGGGAUCGGCGCAGCAGCGACCGGCGUCACCUUCGCCCUCGGCGCAGAACACGCCCGCCAACCCGCGCCGCAGGAGGAGGAGCGCGUCGCCCGGCAUGUCGAGCGAUGGCGACGACUCGAGCCGGGCCGCUCCCUCGCUGCGAGCCAUCCGGCCCAUGCAGUCGGCGAGCGCAAAGCGUGCUCGCAAAGGUCCGGCGCAGGGCGAGCCAGCGCCGAGCCCUGCGUCGGGCGCUGCCGUCGUCGGCGACCUGGGCAAAGCUCUCGCGUCACUCGACAAACCUGCGCUCCUCAACGUCUUCUCCCGCCUCCUGUCGACCAACCCGCAACUCGCGUCGACCAUCUCGGCCCUCCUCCCGACGCCCUCCCUUUCGACCAUCCUCGACUCGCUCGCCUCGCUCGAGCGCGCCGUCGUCGUCGCGACGCCGUCGGGCGCCUUCUCGCGCGACGAGUACAUCUGGUCGCGCGUGCGCGUCCCGCUCGAGGAGUUCGUCACCGAGUCGAAGCGGUUCCUCGGCCUGUUCGUCCCGGCGCAGGCGCCGACGGGCCCGAUCGCCGAGGAGGACCUCGCGCACCCGUCGACGGCAUUCCAGUUCCUCGACACCCUCACGCACACCCUCCUCCACCUCGAGGCGACCCUUCCCGCCUCGCCCUCGUCGUCGUCGACCCCGUCCACCGCCGCGGCGACGACCAACCCGCUCGCGUCGCACCUUGUCCCGCUCACGCUCAACGCGUGGCAUCAGUUCCUGUCGCGCCUGUCGAGCGCCGUCAACGACCAGGGCAAGGUCCUCCCGACGUCGACCGUCCGCACCUGGUUCGACCGCCUCGACGACGCGUGCGGCGCCGGGCCCGUCGCCGCCACCGCCGCCUUCCCGUCCCUGUUUGGCGCGCCUCGUGCAGGCGCUCUGGGUGCGGCGAGGGGCGAGAGCCAGGUCCGGCGCGCGAUGGAAGGCGUGAGGGAGCGUGCGAGGCGCGAGAUUGGGUGGCUUGUCGGGCUCAGGCCCGAGGUCGCGCAGGGGGCGGGAGGGAUGGAGGGGGUCGAGCAGGAGGAGGAGCUUUGAGUCGAGCUUGCGCUUGUCGCCGUCGUCGUUCGUGUCCUGUCCUUCCCCUCCUCUGCCCUUUGUCCCUCCCUCUCGUUCUUCUCGCACCUUGCAUUCCCCUCCCGACCUUUGACUACCCCCUCGUACCGUCUCUCUCUCGUUCUCUUGCACCGCUUUGGUUCCCUUCGUACUGCAUUUCAAGCCUCUCGUUCUCUGCCUUC